AUGGUGGGGCUGGGAGCCUGGAGCCUGGUGGGAGCUGCUCUGAUCAUCCUGCUGCUCCCCAGAAGCCUGGAGCAGUGUGGGCAUAUCCUCCUCUCAGCCCCCAUCGUCCACCUGGGAGAUCAAGUCAUGGCCUCCUGCAUCAUCAACCAGAACUGCAGCCACCUGGUCACUGAAUGGCAGAUUGUAUGGAAACUGGAACCAGAGCUUCACCCCAGGGAGAGGCAGCAGCACCUGCCGAAUGGGACCCUGCAGUCCACCAUCACCUUGCCCCACCUCAACUACUCUCGGGUCCUUCUCUCCUGCUGCCUGCACUGGGGCAACAGCCUGCAGAUCCUGGACCAGGCUGAGCUGCAGGCGGGCUACCCUCCCAUUGCACCCCACAACCUAUCCUGCAUCAUGAACCUCACAAUCAACAGCCUCAUCUGCCAGUGGGAGCCAGGCCCCGACACCCAUCUAUCUACCAGCUUCACCCUGAAGAGCUUCAAGAGCCAGGACCAAUGCCAGACGCAGAAGGAUUCCAUCCCUGACUGCGUGCCUGAGGACGGGCAGAGCCACUGCUCCAUCCCCCGCAAACACCUGCAGCUGUACCAGGACAUGAGCAUCUGGGUGCAGGCCAGGAACGCGCUGGGGACCAGCAUUUCCCCGAAGCUCUGCCUUGCUCCCAUGGACGUUGUGAAACUGGAGCCCCCCACACUGUGGGCCCUGGAGCCCAGACCUGGGGUGGCCCCACCCCAGCCAGGCUGCCUGAGGCUGCGCUGGGAGACCUGGAAGCCAAGCCUGUACAUAGAACAGAAGUGUGAGCUGCGCCACCAGCCUCAGCUUGGAGAAGCCGGAUGGGACCUGGUGAGCACCCUGCCCGCCAGGAUCCCCGAGUAUGAGCUCUGUGGGCUCCUCCCAUCCACAGCCUACACCCUGCAAAUGCGCUGUACCCGCUGGCCCCUGCCCGGCCACUGGAGUGAAUGGAGCCCCAGCCUGGAGCUGAUCACCGCACAACGGGCCCCCAUCGUCAGACUGGACACGUGGUGGCGGCAAAGGCAGCUGGACCCCCAGACAGUGGCCGUGCAGCUGUUCUGGAAGCCAAUAGCCCUGGAAGAAGACAGCGGGCAGAUCCAAGGUUACCUGGUUUCCCGGAGACCCUCAGACCAGGCCGGGGCAGAGCCAACCCUCUGUGACACCACGGAGCUGAACUGUACCUUCCGGCUGCCUUCAGAAGCCCGGGGGGUACUCCUUAAGGCCUAUAACGCAGCUGGCUCCUCUCGUCCCACCCCUGUGGUCUUCUUGGAAAGCAGAGGCCCACCCCUGGGCAGACUCCACGCCACCGCUCGAGACCCUCAUAGCCUCUGGGUGGGCUGGGAGCCCCCCAGUCCUCCACCUCAGGGCUAUGUGAUUGAGUGGGGCCUUAGUCCCCCCAGCCCCAACGGCAGUCCUAUGACCUGGAAGAUGGAGCAUAACGGAAGCAUUGCAGGGACCUUGCUGCAGGAGAACAUCAGGCCCUUUCAGCUCUACGAGAUCACUGUGACCCCCCUGUACCAGGACACCAAGGGACCCUCCCAGCAUGUCUAUGCCUACUCCCAAGAGAUGGCCCCCUCCCAUGGCCCAGAGUUGCAUCUCAGGCACAUUGGCAAGACAUGGGCCCAGCUGGAGUGGGUGCCCGAGGCCCCUGAGCUGGGGAAGAGCCCCUUUACCCACUACACCAUCUUCUGGACCAACACUCAGGACCAGUCCUUCUCCACUGUCCUGAAUGCCUCCACCCAUAGCUUUGUCCUCCGUGGCCUGGAGCCUUCCAGCUUGUACCAUGUCCACCUCAUGGCCACCAGCCAGGCGGGGGCCACCAACAGUACAAUCCUCAACCUGAUGACCUUGGCUCUAGAGGAGUCUGAGCUGCACAUCAUCCUGGGCCUGUUUGGCCUCCUGGUCUUGCUCAUCUGCCUCUGUGGGGCUGCCCAGUUCUGCUGCAGACCCAGCAGGAAGUAUUCCCUCUGGCCAAGUGUUCCGGACCCAGCCCGCAGCAGCCUGGGUUCCUGGGUGCCAACCAUCGCGGCAGAGGAUAUCUUCCAGCUGCCCAGCCUUCGGGACCCCGGCAUGCCACCCAUCACCAAGAUCACAGUGCUGGAGGAGGAAGAGAAAAAGCCAGGGCCCUGGGAGUCCAAUGACGGCUCAGGGACCGGUAGCCUCUCCACCCUUGUCCAGGCCUAUGUGCUCCAGGGGGACCCAAGAGUACCUUCCACUCAGCCUCAGCCCCAGUCUGGCAACAGCGACCAGGUGCUUUAUGUGCAGGUGCUAGGCAGCCCCACAGGCCCAGGGCCUGGGCACUACCUCCGCUGUGACUCAACUCAGCCCCUCUUGGAGGGCCUCACCCCCAGUCCCAAGUCCUACGAGAACCUCUGGUUCCAGACCAGCCCCCUGGGGGCCCCAGAGCUCCUAGUCCCACAUCCGGAGGAUGACAGCAUCUUUGAACCUCUGCUUGACUUCCCUCUACUACAAGGACUCCGGGUCAGUGGGGCGGAGGGUCUUGGGGGCUUCUAG